CUCCACUCCCACAGCCGGUAAAAAAAACCACUUUCCCAAAGACUCGUUGAUACUGUUCUUUCGCUGCUCUAGAGAAUUCCGAUGGCCGUGGCUCGCUGCAAUGCUACGCUAAUGGCGGUGCUCCUCGCUGUUUUUGCUCUCGUCGGUUUGGCUCAGGCCGCCGAUGCUCCGGCUCCUAGCAUGACUUCUGGUUCAGGCGCGAUCUCGCCCUCAUUUACCUCUGCUAUCCCCGGCAUUGCCGUUGUUCUCCUAUUCGGCUUCGUCCUCCCGAUCUGAGUACCGGGUUGCUAGCUGUCAUUCGCUGAUUGUGUGGACACACACACAUACAUACAUAUAUAUAUAUAUAUAUUGAAGGUUUAUAUUUUGUUUUCUAUAUAUAUUGUAGGUUUAUAUUUUGUUUUCUUGUUUUUAUGGGUGUGUUUUGUAUUUCGCAGACAGUUGAUUUGGAUUUGUACUACGUAAUUAAGAUUAUAUAUGUAU